AUGGCCCCGGCGUCGGAGGGUACCGCGGGCGGAGUGUCCGUGCGGCUGCUCCCGCCCGAGCCGAGGGACCGCGGCACCCAGCGCUGCCGCCUGGGGCCCGCAGCCCUCCGCGCCCUGGGCGCCCUGCCGGGCUCGGCCGUGCGGGUGACCGUGCCCGGCGGCGCCUCCUGCCUCUGCACGGCCUGGCCCCGCCGGGACGGGGCGGACGGCUUCGUGCAGGCCGACCCGAGCUGCUGCGCCGUCCCCGGGGCGGCGGCCUGGCCGCGGGGCCCGACCCCGGCCGGCCUCCGCCUGGAGCCCUGCCCACCGCUGCGGCGCCUCACGGUGCGGCCGCUGCUGCGGGAGCCGGGCGCGCGGGGGGCGGCCGAAGCGGCGCGCGAGCUGCUGAGGCGCCGGCCGGUGGCGCCGGGUCACGUGGUGGGCGCGUCCCCGGCGGGCGCGGGCCCGCUGCGCGGCGUGCUCGUCCUCGCCGCGGAGCCGGGGCCCGCCGGGCUCGUCACCGCCGCUACGCGCGUCCUCGUGGCGCCUCCGGAAGAGCGGGCCCCUGAGGCGACGGGGCUUGAGGCGACGUGGCCUGAGGCGUCGGGGCCUGAGGCGACGGGGCCUGAGGCGACAGAGCCGGGUGGGCUGGCGGCCGAGGCGGCGGCCCUGCGGGAGCUGCUCCACCUGCCCCUAGUCCUCCCGUUGACCGUGGCCACCCUGGGCCUGUCGGUGCCCCGCGGGCUGCUGCUGUGCGGGCCCCCCGGCGUGGGCAAGACCCGGCUGGUGCGGGCGGCGGCGCGGGCGGCGGGGGCCCGGCUGGUGGCGGCCGGCGGGCCCGAUCUGCACGGCGCCCGGCCCGGGGAGACGGAGGACAACUUGCGGCGGCUGUUCGGGCGCGCCCGGGAGCUGGCCCGCCGCGGCCCGGCCCUGCUCUUCCUGGACGAGCUGGACGCGCUGGCCCCGCGGAGGGACGGGCCCGCUCCGCCCGCCGAGGCCCGCGCCGUGGCCCAGCUCCUCGCCCUGCUGGACCACCCCGGCCCGCCCGUCGUCGUGGCCGCCACCAACAGGCCCCACGCGCUCGACCCCGCGCUCAGGAGGCCCGGCCGGCUGGACCGAGAGAUUAUCAUUGGAACACCAACCCUCACGCAAAGAAAGUCCAUUCUGGAAGUGGUGACAGCGAGGAUGCCCCUCUUCAAGGAUGUGGAUUUAGUCCAUUUAGCAGAAAUCACCACCGGCUACGUCGGAGCUGAUCUUACAUCCCUGUGCCGCGAGGCUGCCCUGUGGGCAAUUCUUCACCGAGGCAGGAGUUCCGCUGAUCCCAAGGUCAACAUGGCUGACUUUCUUGAGGCUUUUAAAAGGGUUCAGCCGUCUUCCUUCCGCAGCGCCAUGGGGCUGGUCGACUUUAAACCUGUUCACUGGGACCAGAUCGGUGGCCUUGAAGAUGUGAAACUCAAACUGAAACAGAGCGUUGAGUGGCCCAUGAAGUUCCCUGAGGAAUUUGUACGGAUGGGGCUGGCCCGGCCCAGGGGCGUCCUCCUUUUUGGGCCUCCUGGCUGUGCCAAGACCACUCUGGUCAAGGCAGCAGCCACCAGCUGCCACUGCUCUUUCGUCACUGUGAGCGGCGCCGACCUCUUUUCCCCGUUCGUCGGAGACUCUGAAAAGGCCUUGGCUCAGGUUUUCCAACAAGCCCGAGCAAAUACGCCCGCCAUCGUCUUCCUGGAUGAGAUCGAUUCGAUCUUGGGCUCGCGUUCAAUUGGUUCAGCCAGUCAAGGCGUCCAGGAGAGGGUUCUCUCUGUGCUCCUCACUGAAUUGGACGGCGUCGGGCUCAAGAUGACAGAGAGACGAGGAAGCAAAGCAGAACUCCAAGACAACUAUCGGGAGCUGAGGAAAAGUGAGCAAAAGCUCGAGUUCCAGGAAGCGUUGAAUCAGAGCGUCAUGGUGAUAGCUGCCACUAAUAGGCCCAGUGCGCUGGACGAUGCCCUGCUGCGACCCGGAAGACUGGACAAGGUGAUUUACGUCCCACCACCUGACGAGCAGGGAAGGCUUUCGAUUCUGAAAAUCUGCACUGAGAAAACCCCACUGGGGGUGGACGUGUCCUUGGAAAGUUUGGCAGCGCAGACCCACCUGUUCUCUGGAGCCGACCUCAGUAACCUGUGCCGAGAAGCCGCCUUACUGGCUCUGCAGGAGAAUGGUCUGGAAGCCACCCCUGUGAAACAGGAGCACUUCGUGAGAUCCUUAAUGACUGUGCGACCAUCGAUACACCAGAAAGACUUGGAUUUUUAUGAAGGCUUAUUUAGAAAGCAAGAAUUAUUCUCUGAUUUAGAGAAGCUGUAAAGACCGCCCGUCCAAUGUUUGGUCCUGUGGACUGCGAGCUCACAUUUGGGCGGUUGGCUUAUGUGUCCAGGCGAUGACCCCAAUGUUCUGGGGCACUGUCCACACGUUCUUGUAUCUGGGAUACGGCAAUGUUUGCCUGAUUCUUUAUAAAGGACAUUUAAUUAUCGUU